GGCGGAAUCAGUGUCCACACAAAUCGCCCAGCGACCGCGCGAGCUGUUGCAACAUAUUUUAGGGCCUGACCGGGAGCAGACGUUUCGCGAGGCAGAAGGAGACGAUGGAUCCACUUUGGAACUGUUGCGCGACGCGCUUGCUUUCUCCUACCCAGAUCUUGGACUAGCAGGCGCUAUCCUGCCGAACACAGGUAAUGCGGGAGCGGGAACGCUUCGGCAGACUCCGGACCUUGGAGGUGGAACCACUGGAAUAGAAGAGCCUGCUCCUGCGGGAAACAAUGGCGGACAAGAGCGUGUUGCUCCUGCUGGGGGACAACGGACCGAGCCGAAUGGUGCAACCCCGCGUAACGAGAGGCUGCAGGGAUUGAGGAGUAUGUUGGACGCGUUUCUGUACCCUGUCAGGUUUUUGCUUCGCCAGGACCAGGAUAGUACAGUCACCGUGACAUCUAACAGUGGCGAAGGCACAGGAGGAGGGCUUGACGCGGCGGCUUCUCCAGACAACUCUCGCCAGCGACGCGUGCCACGGCCGAGUGCACGGGCGGCAGCCAAUAUCGCCAGGACGUCGGGGCGCUUCGGAGUCAGG